AUGGUUACACAAUAUAACACUGGUUACUGUUUCCUGGCUAACCCUAGAACCUCUAGAUCUUCUAGAACAAUUAGUAAGCCAAUUCAACAAGCAAUACCAUCAUUUGAACCUCCAAAUACACCUCCUUUAUGGGGAAAAUUAGAAUUAAUGCCUUCAGUUCAAUUAUUUUCUAAUGAUUUGUCUUGUGGACCAGCUAAAAUUUUUGAAGAGCUUGAAGAUAUAUCACCAUAUAAUAUAUUUUGCCAAAUGUUUGAUAAAAACUUGAUUGAUCACAUAGUUUUCCAAACUAAUCUUUAUGCCACACAGAUAGGAAAACCAUUUACACCUACUUAUGAUGGUGAAAUUAGAGUUUUUAUUGGAUUAAAUAUGUGCAUGAGUGUUAAACGUCUUCCAAGUUAUCGGGACUACUGGUCCAGUGCACCAGAUUUGCACGAUAAGAAUAUAUCAAGUAUGAUGAAUGUAAAAAGAUUUAGUUGGCUUCUAUCUCAUAUCCAUUUCAAUAAUAAUCAACUUCAACCAAAACGAGGGGAAGACAACUAUGACAAACUAUAUAAAAUUCGUCCAUUAUUGGAUUAUAUUGGUCAAAACUUUUUAAAUUUAUAUAGACCUCACAGGGGUGUUGCUGUUGAUGAAGCUAUGGUAAAAUUCAAGGGUCGGAGCUCACUGAAGCAAUAUAUGAUAGAUAAGCCAGUAAAAAGGGGUUACAAAGUGUGGAUAUUAUCUGAUAGUUCUGGGUACAAUUUAAAAUUUGAAGUGUAUACAGGUAAAAAAGAAGGGACAAUUGAAGCUGGUCUUGGUGGUAGGGUAGUACUUGAUUUAUGUAAGGAGUUGGAAAAUAAAAAUCAUGUUGUAUACAUGGACAAUUUUUUCUCAAGUAAUAUACUUUUUGAAAAACUAUUGACAAAAAAAAUAUAUGCAUGUGGAACUGUUAGAUCAAAUCGAAAAUUUCUUCCAACACUUACAAGAGACAACUAGUUGCAAAGA